CGAGGCCACUUCCCAAACUCAGUCCUACGUUGAACGUUGAAGCACGCAAGAAACUCUUGCCCCUUUACUCAUAAUCGAUUUUUUGAUUCCAUCAAGCAACAAGUCGUCCUUCUUCGUAAUUCUUUGAAACGCUUUUGGUGAACAGUGUCUAUCGUGCAUACAUUUUUCAUUUUAAAUAGAAGAUUUGUUGAAGUCUCUCCUCAAAGUAGGGAAUCACGGUAUAUCUGAGUGCGCAAGUUAAAGAAGAAAACUUGUGAAUCCACAGUUUUUGGCAUGAAGUUAACAGGGUGGAGUUUUGUGGCAUGUAUCUUGAUGGUUGUCUUCUUCUUGGCAGUUGCUACGUCCGCGUAUCCUGCUAGCAACCCAGAAAUAAUAUAUAACUUGCAGGCGAUCGAGAACAUGAGACAGAUUCCGCAAUGGCAUUGUCUGCGUUAUAGAAAAUUCGACCUGGUACGCCGCUGUAGAAAUUAUCGUUUAGGAAGGAAACACUGACAAAUACAACAUCAUCGCAACACUGGAUGGAUGACUACAACCAACAAUAAAUUACCUUACUCCAAAUUCCAUCGACCUGCUAUUCUGAAGGUUCUAUUUCACGUGUUUAAAUCGAUUUGAAGCAAACAAAAUCAAGAUGUAACCAGUUAUGAAGACUCUUCUAGAGAUCUUAUGAUAAUCAUUUAGAAAACAAUGCUAUUUAUGUAGAUCUUAAUUUAGUUUUUUAUACUUUG